AUGGUGGAGGAAACAUUCAUUAACCAAGUGGCUAAGACAUUUGGCCCGUCUAUGAAGCUCACUGACGAUGAAUAUGAGAAGUUGAAUUCACUCACGCAAAUAUUCAAUGUCGAGCUUGAAGAUCUUUUCCUUGAAUGGGAAUCCUACAAUGUUGCUGAGGUGCAGCAGGAUUUGGAGUUGAAUAUGACUACUUUGAUCCAAUUCCAUGAGUAUUUACAAAAGAAGUUGACAAACAAUAAGUUGACGCCAAAAAAUGCACAUACUGUUAAGGACACUUCAGGAAGGAAACCAUUGUCAAAGAGAACCGUCAACAAUACGGGGCCUGCCACGCCUCAUGCAAAGAAAAGAAAGCUUGACCUGUCUGAACCCGAUUUAUCAUCACCAGCAAAUUACGAAAGUGCCAAUAAUACCUUCACAACUUCCCCCAUCAAGCCAACCACUGAUUCGCACACGUUAUUGGAAACAUUAAAUCCAGAAGUCAAAGCAGUCAACACCUUGAGCCCGGAAAGUACCACCAAUCCAGUCAAGUUGACGGCUAACUUUGAUCCUGCUAAGUUCAAGUAUCGUACCAUGCAGAUGAAACUACUUGAGAGUGCCGAUGUUUUAGACGACCAAAUAGAUAGCGUAGCCCAGUUGUACCUGGAACAGAAUAAGUCGGACCAACAAUUUGGCAACCCAUGCUUGAGUUCGCAAUUUGACAUUUUGUGCUGUGGAAGAAUAGUGCCCGAUUCGCCGACAUAUGAUGACGAAACUUUGAACAGCAACUCCUUAUUUUUGGAAACAUCGAGGUUAUCGGGGAUUGGACAAAGGGUUCCUCUCGACUUGAGCAAGUUGAAUGUCUUUUCUUUCUUUCCUGGUCAAAUUGUUGUUUUAAAGGGAAGAAACCCAACUGGAAAGCAUUUUGUGGUUGAUGAGGUCAUGCCGUUACCACAAUUGGGAAAUACAGUCUCUAGUCGGUCUGAGUUGGAAGAGUACAAUCAGUUGCAACAAGGGCAAGGUCUUAAAAUUGUUGUUGCAUCUGGGCCAUAUUCUAAUUUGAACAAACUCGAAUACUCCAAGUUGGAAAGAUUGGUGGAGAAAAUCAACACUGAAAUUCUUCCAAAUGUGGUUAUUUUGAAUGGUCCUUUCCUUGAUCUAACUAACAAAGAUGUACAGGAAGGCAGAUUCAAUUUGCCAAGAGAUCAGCAACCAAAGAAUCUCGAUGAUGUAUUUAGGUUACUAAUUACUCCCAUAUUGAGGAAAAUUGACACCAAAAUCCAAGUCGUGUUGUACCCAUCAUUAAAAGACAGUUGUGUGAACCAUUGUUCGUAUCCACAAGACUCCUUCGAUAGGAAAAAGUUUCAGUUACCCAAAAAUGUAAAGAUAUUCCCCAAUCCAUCUAGUUUUGCUGUUAAUGAAGUCUUAAUCGGAUCUUCCAAUCUUGAUGUUUUUAAAGACUUGAAGGAGGUGUUUAAACAAGGUGAAAAGUACUCAAGCAACAGAUUUGAGAGAGUGAUAAAUCACGUGUUUGAGCAAAGGCGGUACUACCCGAUUAUGCCUGGCUCAAUAGCCAGAACCCACGAGCAAAAUGUAUCGCAACUCACUAGUGGAUCAGCUGCAGAUUACUUGGAUGGUGUGGGUAUUGGUGGGUCAUCGUUAGAGAUGCCCUAUUUGGGUCUCACUGAAUUGGGAAAUUCGUUACCCGAUGUCUUAAUCUUGCCAUCUGAAUUGAAAGUGUUUGCCAAGGUAGUUAAUGACGUCAUAGUGAUCAACCCUGGUCUGUUUAUUCGACCAAGCAGGUCAAUCAAUACUGAAGAUGGAACGUAUGCAGUAUUGAGCAUAGUUGCGCCAGAGGUUAGCCGACAAUAUGAAAGCAAUGUUGAGCCAGUCGAGGGCGAUUCAGAAUUGUUUCAUCACAAUGUGUAUAAGCGGAUUUCAACAGAUGAUUACACCACCACCCUUGUCCCGAGAAAGCUUCAUCCGGGACUUGAGGCUAUUCUCCGCAAUGCUAAAGAACCGUUUCAACUACGCGAUUACCAACAAGAUGCAGCAAACACCGUCUUGGCCAAACUUGCCAGUGGUGUGAGAAAACCAGCAGUAGUAAUUGCAACAGGGGGAGGUAAAACUGUAAUAUUUUCCUACUUGAUACCUCACUUGAAGCCUUUAUGUGAUGGGAGAGGUAGUAAGGUACUUGUGCUUGCACACACUGAGGAGUUGAUUGAUCAAGCUGCCAAGAUGAUACGUUUGAUGCACCCUGAAUUGAAGGUAGAUGUUGAGAUGCGAAAAUUAAAAGCAGCUCCAGAUGCCGAUGUCGUAGUUGCGUCAGUGCAAUCCUUGGUGAUUAGGAAAAGGUUUGAAAAAAUUGACCCCAUGGAAUUCAAAAGCAUCAUUAUUGAUGAAUGUCACCAUGCACCAGCAAUUACAUAUAGAAAAAUUUUGAACUAUUUUAAGGCGUUAGACCAAGACCUGACAAUAAGUGUAAUUGGUUUUACGGCUACUUUUAUGCGGCAUGACAAGCAAGCGUUGGGGCAUAUUUUUGAUGAAAUUGUUUAUGAAAGAUCUUUAAAGAGUAUGAUUCAAAGCAAUGAAUUAGCAGAUGCAAAAAUAAGCGAGGUUAAAGUGGAAAUGAAUUUAGACCGAGUAGCAACGAUCAAAAAUGAUUAUGAUCCUACAAGUUUGUACAGUGUUAUGAAGGAGAUUGAUUUCAAUGAGAAAAUAAUCUUGGCGUAUCUACGUUUAAAGGAAGAAACUGAUUGCAAGAGUACACUAAUAUUUUGCGUUGGUGUUGAGCAUUGCUAUGAUUUAUGUGCUUUGUUUCAGAGGUAUGGGGUUAAUGCUCAGUAUGUAACAGGUGAUACUUCCAAGGCUGAAAGAGCCGCCAUAAUUGAGGACUUUAAGCUGGGGUUGAUCCCAGUCCUAUGCAAUGUUCAAGUAUUUACCGAAGGUACUGAUAUGCCCAAUAUCGACUCACUAAUUUUGGCACGGCCGACUAUGUCCAAAUCGUUGAUGAUACAAAUGAUUGGGAGAGGUUUGAGGUUGUACAAAGACAAAACGCAUUGUCAUGUCGUCGAUAUGGUUGAAUUGACCAGGCAGGGGAUAGACAUCAAACCGACUCUAGAAGGCGAGAAUUUGGUAAAUUCGAGAAAGAAAAAGUUUCAACAGGGUGAUGGGUUGGACCUGUUUAUUCCUUCCCCGCACACCCGAUUGUCAAGCAAGGAUAGGGAGGUGGCUAUAGAGAGAAUCCUACAUUAUCACAGAAAAGAGGUUGUAAGUCUUGAUAAAAGACCUCUGAUAAAUAAGAGCCCCGCGAUUUGGUUUCAGGAUAAAGAAAUAGUAGACAAAGUCAUGCUUCGAAAUAAGUACCCCUGGGCCAUGAUAGAAGCGAGCAAAACCUGGGGGAUGCCCGGUUUAUCUGACUCUUAUUUCAUUGUAAAGCGGUUGAGCUACAAUGGACAGAAAGGGUUUGAAGCGCUGCAUCACAGCUUUCUGAACAAGUUUGGCACCGUUGUUUGUCGGAGUACAAAUCUACUUGAAGUUUUUGCCGAAUUGAAGAGGAAAUGUAAAGACCAUCUAGACUAUGCUGAAAAGCGCAACACGUUUGCUCGAAAAGCAACACCUAAGCAGAUUGCCUGGAUAAUGGCAAUGAUGGAUCAUAAAUUGGGCUCUUACUUGCAGAGAAAGAAGGUCCAAGUAUCAAAAGAAGAAUUUAAGGAAUACAUUGUUAAUGUGUUGAAAAAUGAGAAACAAGCAAUCAUAUGCAAAUUCGUCUUUGCAUUGAGACUUGGUGAUAACGAUUACGAGAAGAUGAAAUGUGCGCAGGUUGUAAAUAAUGCUAUUAAAAUAAUGAAUGAAAUCAAGCGGUUAGGUAUACCUGACUCACAGAUUAUUCUCAUGCUUUCAGAUGAUGUUGCGUGUAAUGCAAGAAAUGCUUUUCCUGGAACAGUUUUCAACAACAUGGAUCAAGCUUUGGAUUUAUAUGGAAACAGUAUCGAAGUCGACUACAGAGGUUACGAGGUUACAGUGGAGAAUUUCAUACGUUUAUUGACUGACAGAUGGGGCCCCGAACAACCAAGAUCAAAGAGACUAUUAACUGAUGAGAAUUCAAAUAUAUUUAUCUACUUGACGGGGCAUGGUGGUAAUGAAUUUCUAAAGUUUCAGGAUGCAGAGGAAAUUGGAGCACAUGACAUUGCUGAUGCCUUUGCCCAAAUGCACGAGAAGAGGCGGUAUAACGAAAUCUUUUUCAUGAUUGACACGUGUCAAGCUAACACCAUGUACGAGCAGAUAUACUCGCCUAACAUUCUUUGCGUUGGCUCAUCCAAGCUUGACGAGAGUUCCUACAGUCAUCAUUCUGACAUGGAUAUUGGAGUUGCUGUCAUUGAUAGAUUUACUUAUUAUGCCUUAGACUUCCUUGAAAACAUUGACAGAGAUUCCAAGACAACGAUGGAUAAGCUAUUUGACGUUCUUAACUUUGAAAAUGUCCAUUCACAUGCGGGAAUACGGACUGAUCUAUUCAAAAGGGAUGUAGACAAGGUUUUGUUGACUGAUUUUUUUGGAAAUGUCCAAAAUGUAGCCGUGGAUACAGUUCAAAAGGAUAUAAUCAAUGAAACAAAACAAUUGAAGCACAUACCUUUAGAGCAUAAUGAAUCGCGUUCUUUCAAAGCUAGAGGCCAGGUGGUGUUUGGAUUUGAAGAAGAGGACUCAAACAACAAAGUUCAUUUGUCCAAAUUUCCCCCAACCUUUUUAGGGUUCGGUGUUCUUGGAUUCUUACUCGCUUUAUGGAAGUAUUCUAGUUAG